AUGGAGAAAUGCGUGCACACGGGAUGGAUCGUCUCUAUGUCUCCAAAUGUGUCCGUGCGUGGCAAGCAGGCAGCGGUGGCCUUCAUGAAGCCGAUUGGCUCUUACAUUCUUGCAGCCAAUUUGCUUCUUAACGGCGAAUUGAUUGAAGCCCUAGCACGCCUCCCUGAUGCACAGGCCCUAGCACACCUCCCUGAUGCACAGGCCCUAGCACGCCUCCCUGAUGCACAGGCCCUAGCACGCCUCCCUGAUGCACAGGCCCUAGCGCACCUCCCUGAUGCACAGGCCCUAGCACGCCUCCCUGAUGCACAGGCCCUAGCACGCCUCCCUGAUGCACAGGCCCUAGCGCACCUCCCUGAUGCACAGGCCCUAGCACACCUCCCUGAUGCACAGGCCCUAGCACACCUCCCUGAUGCACAGGCCCUAGCACGCCUCCCUGAUGCACAGGCCCUAGCACGCCUCCCUGAUGCACAGGCCCUAGCACGCCUCCCUGAUGCACAGGCCCUAGCGCACCUCCCUGAUGCACAGGCCCUAGCACACCUCCCUGAUGCACAGGCCCUAGCACACCUCCCUGAUGAACAGGCCCUAGCACGCCUCCCUGAUGCACAGGCCCUAGCACGCCUCCCUGAUGCACAGGCCCUAGCACGCCUCCCUGAUGCACAGGCCCUAGCGCACCUCCCUGAUGCACAGGCCCUAGCACACCUCCCUGAUGCACAGGCCCUAGCACACCUCCCUGAUGAACAGGCCCUAGCACACUAUCAGCAGGAGGUCCACACGCUGGUUUGUGGAUUUGCUCAGAACUCCCUGGAGCUCAACAUCUCCAAAACCAAGGAGUUAUGCUGUGGAGCCGCUAGGAUAACAGACUCUGUGGAUCUUUUUCCACCCCUAGUCAUCCACGGCCAGCAGGUGGAGCAGGUGGAGCAGGUGGAGCAGGUGGAGCUGAUAUAG